AUGAGGCCGACGCUGCAGACCCUCAAGAAGCGGGACAUGCAGCCCAUCCAGACCUUUGCAAAGGCCGCUGCCCAGUGCGCUGCCCCCGCAAAGGUGUACGGCGCCUGCGUGGCUGCCAACUACGAAAACGUCGAGCGAAACAUGUGCCACGCCGAGUUUGCCGCCUUCAAGGCCUGCGUCCAGGAAAAGCUCGGACGAAAGUGGUAG